AUAUCUUUUUUAAAUCUGUGUAGUAAUAUAUCAUGAUAUGUCAUAGGUCUUCAUUGCUAAUCAUUAUAUUUAUUUUCUUUUGAUAACAUUAUUUUUGACGUUGAUGUACAACCCAUAACGUUAUGUAUAAUCCUAACCUUGAAAAGUUUGGAUUAGGUUAGGUUAAUUCGAAUUCUUUACAUGGGAUAAGUAUUAGGUUAAACAAUAAUAUUGUCAGUUAUAUUGAUUUAUAAUUAUAUUAAUGAACAAUAAUGAGUUAAUAGUUAGUAAAACGAUGAUUAAAUUUUUUCCUUUUGAUGUGAUAUCAAACAUUUGUUGUAUUCUUAUACUUAAAAAACAUAAUGCUGGAAAAAAGCAUGGAGGUGCAUGGAAAACAAGUAAUAGAGGACCGUGGAAUAUGGUGUUAAUUAUACAUGGCUUUCCAAGUAGUACAGCUGCACUUAGAUUUGAAUGGGCUUGGCAACAUCCUCAUGUUAGUCGGCGUUUGAAACAUGUACCUAAGAAGAAAUCACAGCAGAGAGUGUUUGAAUUUUGCUUAUUAGUUCUGUCGGAAAUGUUAAAAGUUGGACCUUGGUGUCGUUUACCUUUAACAAUUCGUUGGAUAGAUUAUGAAUUUUUCGACAAGUAUUCUAGUUAUGUUUCAGCGCCAAUGCACAUGCCUAUAUGUCAUGGAAGAGUAAUUUCCAAAAAGAUUAAAAAAACAAAUGAUAUAGUAGAAACACUAGAUAAAUUGUCUAUAAUCUGUUUUAUUUGUAAUGCACUUUUAGAAGAGAAAGAAGCAGUUAGCUGCAUAAAACCUAGCUGUUCAUUAGUAGCUCAUUUAAUUUGUUUAGCACAAUUAUUUUGUAAAGAUAAUAUGAUUUUACCAAUUGAAGGUGUUUGUCCUGUUUGUAAUACCAAUGUUUUAUGGGGGGACUUAAUCAGGAAAAAGAUUGGUUGUUAUGAAAAUUUACAAGAACUUUCUUCUAGCGAUGAAGAUUGUACUUAACAUAUUAUUUGAAUUUUUUUAAUUGUCUACAGUUUUACGAUUAUUUAAUUACUACUAUUUUUAA